AGGCUGCGGGCGCUCGACGACUCUCCAGCCUGGAUGACUGGCCGGGCACUAGAAGUUGGGAUCUGCCGCUGGGGUCGAUGCUCCACAUGCCCAUGUUCGAGUGGCGAGAUCGCGAGAGUGAACUGCGGCGGGAGCAGAAGGGCGAAUCCUGUCGCAUCCACGGCUACUUCGACGUCAACAGGGUUCCUGGCAAUUUCCACAUCGGCACGCACGGUGCGAUGGUGCCCUCCUACCUCUCCUUCUACGACGAACCCUCGCCACCGCAGCAGAACAUGAGGCAUACCAUCAACUCCCUGGCUUUCGUGGACGUUGGUUCCCCGGGCAGUGGCAUGUCUCGGCCCUUGGACGGUUUCAAGAGCCCUCAAGCCUUCACUUUCCAGUAUUAUUUGAUGAUCACCCCAGUGACCCGAAAAACGGCGGCGGCCGAUGACUACGGCUACCGUUUUUCGGCGAGUUCCUUCGUGACCAACGAACUCAUUGGCCCCGCGGUCUUCUUUCGGAUGGAGAUCGAUCCCAUUCGGGUCACGAACUACACCGAGACGGUGCCAUGGAGCAAAUUUCUGGUGAACCUUUGUGCAGUGGUGGGUGGAUGCUUUGCGAUGAGCAACAUGCUGCUGAAAAUCGUCGAUGCCAUCCUGGAAUAAGCGACAACAAAA